AAGAAACGAAAGUGUAGUACGGUUUGAAACAUGUUCCUCCGACUGAUUUUAAUCUCAACGAUUUUUAGCUUCGUUUAUAUACGAAGUAUCGAGUCUCGUGAACUUCAACCUUUACCGAUACUCCACGUUAAACUACGUUCUCAUACCGACAUGGACACCGAGCCUAGCAAAACCAUGGAACAGAAGCUAACGCCAGAGUACAGCUCGCAAGAAAAUCUUCACGUACUUCACGUGGCUGCAACUUCCGAGAAUGAGAAUACUACGAUACGGCCGAGCCAAAUACCGGCUGUCGACCAUGAUAGCACGCAUCUUGGAAUGAAACACCCAAAGAAGAGAGCAACGAAUUACAAAGAAGAUAGACAGAUAGAUAUACGACCUGGUUGUUGUGGAUAG